AUGGCGAACCUUCUGGAGCAGAGAAACCUGGGCGUCACGCUGGGCUCCUCCCUCUCCAAUCCCUCCAUGGUCAGUUACAGUCUUAGACCCAAACCCCCGUCAGUGUCCUUCAGCCCCAUCUCCAUCUCUCCUACAGCAUCCCCACCACUCCCUGCCGACAAGGGCCGCUACCUGCGUUGGUUUCUCUGGCCUGGCACUUUAAAGCUCUGCCAAGCAGAGGCUUCUGUGCCGGGGGACAAGCUGUCAGUGAGCACCUCGAACUUGCCCUGUUGACUGGUAGGAGAAUUUGUGCUGGUCAAAGAGUGUACCUCUUGUUCUACAUUUCAGACUGAAACGAUCCCAGAGUGUGGGUCCACAGAGUACGUGGGGAAGGUCACACGCAGCUCAUCCAAAAGGAAUGAGCUGAUAAGCUGCCGCUCUGCUCUGAGGCAACAACCACACUUGCCCUGGGAGUUGGAAGGGGCUGCCCUGGGUGUUGCCUUGGCCUUGGCUUGCCUGGUCAGUGCUCAUCAGCAACAACUGGACACAAAGGCUCCAGAGAAGGUCCGGAAGCAAAUCGAGUCCAUAUGA